CCAGCGACACAGACGUUACAGAGCCCGCACUUGUUCAAAAAUAAUCUGCCGGGUUAAAAAAACAUUAAUACAGCCUGCAAGACUUUGCUUUUUUAAUUUAAUAACAAGUAGGACAUAAGGAAUUUACAUUUUUAUACUGCUUUUUUGAGCAAUUUGUGCCUCAGCAGAAGCAGGCCAAGAAAAGCCUUGUCAGAGGAACCAAAUUUAAGGAAGCAAAAUAAAUCCCUGGAAAGCAACACAUGUGUACAGAGGAUGAGUCCGGCGUUAAAAGCGUUGAUGGACGGGUGUAGAUACCCGGUAAAAGGCCCCAAAAAGGGAGGUGUGAUGUUGGAACCAUUUGUUCAUCAGGUAGGAGGACAUUCAUGUGUAUUACGCUUCGGGGAGCAGACCAUCUGUAAGCCACUUAUACCCAGAGAACACCAGUUUUAUAAGAACCUGCCACCGGAGAUCCGCAGAUUCACACCUCAGUACAAAGGUGUGGUCUCUGUGAAUUUUGAGGAGGAUGAAGAGGGAAACCUGUGUUUGAUGGCAUACCCCCUUCACAGUGAUCCAUCUGACCUGGAGACUACUGAGCCUCUAGCUGAUGGAGAACCAAAGAUCAAGCUUCUGAAGUGGAGUAAGAAGAAGCCAUCUGCCCUCCUGGAAAACGACAGAACAAGACAGAGCCGCAAGGAUGAGAAGAGCAAAAUUAAAUGUGAGGAUAAGGCAGAGGUGUUGUACUACAGCUUGGAGAAGAGCAACAUGGUACCUCAGAUUAAACAUAAUCCUUGGAGUCUGCAGUGCCACCAGCAGCACCUCCAGAGAAUGAAGGAGAACUACAAACACAGGAAACAGCACAAGUUUAUUCUAUUGGAAAACCUUACAUGGCGAUAUAGAGUUCCUUGUGUUUUGGAUCUAAAGAUGGGAACACGGCAGCAUGGGGAUGAUGCGUCAGAGGAAAAGAAAGCCAAUCAAAUCCGUAAAUGCCAGCAGAGUACAUCGUCCUCAAUAGGAGUCCGUCUCUGUGGAAUGCAGGUGUACCACAGUGUGACGGGACAGCUGAUGUUUAUGAAUAAAUACCACGGCCGAAAGUUGAAUCUGACUGGCUUUAAAGAAGCUUUGUGUCAGUUUUUCAGUGAUGGGUGUAUACUCCGCAAAGAACUUAUUUCUCCUGUUCUUCAGAGGCUAAAAGAAAUGCGAGCAGUUCUAGAAGCCUGUGAAAGCUAUCGCUUUUUUUCUUCUUCUCUACUUAUCAUAUACGAUGGAGCACCUGCGCCAGCUCCUACCAGAUCUCGAGGAGGAGAGGAGGAAGAUGAAGAAGAUGAUGAUGAUGAAGAUGAGGAGGAGGGGGCACAUGGUGGACGUUCUCAGCGGCGAGAAUCAAACUCUCUGUCUCAUUUGGUGGAUGUCCGAAUGAUUGAUUUUGCUCAUACAACCUGCCGUGAUUACGGAGAGGAUGGUGUUGUACAUGAAGGUGGAGACAGUGGCUACAUAUUUGGCCUGCAAAAUCUGAUAAGCAUUCUGUCACAGCUUGAGGAGCACAGUAACGAUUAAGCAUGUCUUCAUGUUGUGAUCCAAUGCUAAUCUCUAUUCAAGGCUUUCAGUGGAUGCCCUGAUAAUGCCAGCUAGUUAAAAGCCAAGUUCGGAUCCCGCAGAGCUUUUACCCCGCCCAGACAGGAGGCACCGCAGGGUCAGGGAUGGAAGUUAAAAUCUUCUUCGCCCCUCAGGAGCUAAUGGGACUGAAUUGCUUACACUAUAAAUGAAGUGUGGUCCCUCUCUCUUGUAGUCGUUUCCAUUUUCUCUCUAUGUGAUAGAGGGAUGGAGGUAGUCCAGUGUUCCUCCUGGCCGUGUUUAUAUCCAUUCUCUCUUCCUUUUUGAAAGAGAAGAUCUGAGUAGGUUUGAACUCAGAGAGACAUUUCUAAAGGACUGGCAGUCUAACUGUUCUUACACACAUCCACAAAGUAAUAUGAUGUGGGUAGCAAUUGUCAAGGACAUUUCUUUGUAGCACAAAAUAAAUACAAAAGCCGUUAUAAUAUUUAAUAUACAAUUCAUUAAGGUGCUUAAAUACCUUCAAGACCAAGAAUGACUGACAUUUUACAGACUCUUACAGACUUGAAGUCUUAAAAGGGAAUAAGCAGAUUGCAUGGACAACAUUUCCGUGGACUGAUUUAAUCACAAUGGACACUUUACAACUUAACAAUUUGCACUUUUUAUUCCACAGAUAUGAACUUGAAUGUUAUAAAAAGAACUUUAUUUAUUAUACAUAUGUCUCAGACAAACCUAAAUGAAUUAUAACAUUCCUUCUUUCUGUACUGUACCAAUGUGCUAUUUAUACAAAUCAAUCAUUAUAUUUUCACUGUUUUCUCUCUGUUCAUCAAUAUAAAACAAUAAAAAGAAUUGUGUCCAAUGAUGCAAAAAUGCA